AUGAUCCUGUCAUUAAUAUUCUACAUCAUGCUGGUUCAUGCUAAUGCUGUCAUCUAUACCGAAGCAAAGUCUGUAUCGACGUCAAGUUCUUUAACUGUCUUCAUUCAACAUAAUAAAACUGUUUGCAAAGUUCAGGACGGUGUCCUCUCGAUCAAUGAUAAAGUGGUGGGUAAUUUAACGGAGGAGCAAAACGAAGAAUUAAAGAAGUUCAUUAACGAGACAGAAGAACUGUUCAUUCAGCGCUUCCAUAAUGUAAAGUUAUUCGUUGUUAUGGCGAUUAUUAAUAGCAUUUUUGAAACAAUGAAGAACGUUUGGAACAAUCCAUGGGAUUUUUCUUUGGGCUUCUUUUCUCAUCCCUCAAAGCGAAAGGAAGAUGUGAAGGAAUCGAAAGAAAAAAUGAAUAAAGUAAAAAUUACGGAAGAAGGUGUUGAUCCUUUAAUUUUUAACGUUUGGAAUAUACCAUCAUUUUGUAAAGAUGAAUAA